UUUCGCAAUGACAACAAUAAUAAAACGCAGUGGUAUAAUUCAAUUGGCAGCAAAUGUUUGUGAUCUGGAGCGCACUUUGCUAGGCGGCCAGAGCUUUCGUUGGCGCAAACUGAGCGAUGAGCCCAAGGUGCAGUAUUGUGGUGUAGCUAUGAAUACUUAUUGGGUGCUAACGCCGGAACCGAAGCAUAUAGCAUAUGAAGCGCAUUCACUGGAUGCAGAGAACAACUUUGAUGAGCUGCUAAGCAACUAUUUACGCGCUGACUUUGAUUUGGAGAAGCAACAACGUCUGUGGAUGCAGGCGGAUAAGCAGUUUGCACAGUUUGUGAGCAAGCCUGUGCGCAUGUUGUCACAGGAACCACUGGAGAAUAUUGUAAGCUUUAUGUGCAGCCAAAACAACAAUAUAAAGCGCAUUUCGGCCAUGAUACAAUGGUUCUGUGCCGCUUUUGGCCAUAAGAUUGGACACUUUAACAAUCAAGAUGAGUACACAUUUCCCACCUUGACGGCUUUAAGCAAGCACAGCCGCAGUCAGAUGGAAAAGCAGUUGCGUGUUGCCAAGUUUGGGUAUCGUGCCAAAUUUAUAGCGCGCACAUUGGAUCACUUGAAGGAGCGCCAUGGCAAUUUUUGGUUUGAUCAACUGCGUAAACGGCCUUACAUUGAGGCACGUGAGGCUUUAGUGCUGCUGCCUGGCAUUGGCUACAAAGUUGCCGAUUGCGUUUGUCUUAUGUCCUUGGGUCACUUGGAAUCGGUGCCCAUAGACACGCACAUCUUUAAGCUGGCGCAGCGUUAUUAUUUGCCAAAUUUAACAAAGCAAAAGAAUAUUACCAAACAGAUCUAUGCCGAGGUGGCAAAACAUUUUCAACAAUUGCAUGGCAAAUAUGCGGGUUGGGCUCAAGCUGUAUUAUUCUGCGCUGAUUUGCCGCAGUUCCAGGAACAAGCAGAGACAGCUACAAAGCCAGCUAAAGAGCCAACUACAGGACCAGCUACAGAGACAGCUACUAAACCAAGUACAGGAAUAGCUACAAAGCUAGCUAAAGAGCCAGCUACAGGGCCAACUAAAGAGACAGCUACAAAGCCAACUAAAGAGCCAACUACAGGGGCAACUAAAGAGCCAACUAAAGAGGAAACUACAGGGCCAACUAAAGAGAAAACUAAAGAGCCAACUACAGGGCCAACUAAAGAGCCAACUACAGGGCCAACUAAAGAGGAAACUAAAGAGCCAACUACAGAGCCAACUACAGGGCCAACUAAAGAGGAAACUAAAGAGCCAACUGAGGAGCCAGCUAAGGAGCCAACUACAGGCCCAUCUAAAGAGCCAAAUACAGAUCCAGCUGAAGAACCAACUUCAGAGCCAAUAGCAAAGAAGCCUAAAACAUAACAUCUGGCUGAGGCACUGAAGAAACAUAUCUUGAUGGGCUCUGAGGCCCGUGAGUUUCGAUGGAAUACAUUUUAUAGAAGCAGCGGGAAUCCCAACCGAUGGAGGGGAGAAUAUAAUCGCAGCAGAAGAUAUCUCGGACUCGAAAGAUCAGCAUCCGGCCGAGGAGUAAUGCUGCACACAUAUGACGGGCCUUGCCCAGAAAAUAUCUGGCCUGAGGUUAAUAACAAUAUCCUCUACCCAUAAUAUCUUCUAUAUUUAU